GUGACUGUGGUCGGAGUGGCUAGGACGGGCCAACUACACGAGGACGUCGUCAAUCCCACCCUGGAGGCUAUCGAUGCGUGGAUAUCCAGCAGUGGCCUUGAGCUCGCGCACCACAAGAGCGAGGCGGUGCUUCUUACCAAAUGGCGAGCGUUUGUCCCUCCUCGCCUCGUGGUUGGCGGACACCACAUCGAACUAGCCAAGAAACUGAGGUACCUCGGCGUCAUAUUGGACCAGAGGCUGACCUUCACGCCCCACAUCAAGACCGUAGCUGAGAGGGCCUCCCGCUUGACAGUGUCCCUGGCGAGGAUACCGCCGAACGUAAAGGGCCCGUGUCAGUGGAAGCGGAGGCUCCUCUCCUCGGUGGUCGAGAGCCAAUUGUUGUACGCGGCUCCGGUGUGGGCCACCAAAGUGUCUAAAACCGCAAGACCUACGGCAAAUCUGAUCCGGCCCCAGAGGACAGCCGCCUUGAGGGUGAUAAGGGCCUAUCGCACCGUCUCGGAUGAGGCAUCCCUAGCGCGAAUGCCACCAACGGAUCUAGUGGCGCUAGAAAAGAAGUAA